AUCUCAAAUGAUUAACCAAACGGCACUCCAUUUCUUCUUCCUCUCCCCCUCUCCCUGCCUCCCUUCAAUCCUUCUCUCUCAUUCUCUGUUCACAUUGUGUGAUCUAUCUUUAUACUACUCUUUGAUGUCUCGUUAUCAGCUAAAACAUUGAUCUAAAUCUUUGAUUAUGAGGGGGGGAGAGCUAGCUGACAAUGGCGUCGAAAUCAAGGUUCAUUCAAGGCUGGGAGACAACACGGUGCACUCAUUGGGUCCACAAGCUACAGUGACGUCUCAUAGUCGGGAUCGGCAGCAUCAGCAACAGCAACAGUCUAUAUUUUCCGGCGAGUUCAGGCCGUUCAGGCGCUGGGUACCAUGGUUGGUACCUUUAUUUGUGGUGGCUAAUAUUGUUCUUUUUAUUAUUGCUAUGUCUAUUAAUAAUUGCCCCAAGAACUCUGAGUCUUGUGUUGGAAAGUUUCUUGGACGAUUCUCAUUUCAAUCCAUGAAGGAAAAUCCCCUUCUUGGUCCUUCCUCUAACACAUUAGAGAAGAUGGGAGCUCUAGAUGUCGAUAAAGUGGUGAACAGUCACCAGGGUUGGCGCCUGAUUUCCUGCAUAUGGUUGCAUGCUGGAGUGUUCCAUAUACUUGCUAACAUGUUGAGCCUUAUCUUUAUUGGAAUUCGCCUCGAGCAAGAAUUUGGGUUUAUUCGAAUUGGACUAGUCUAUGUCAUAUCUGGUUUUGGUGGGAGUUUGUUGUCAGCUCUUUUUAUUCAGUCAGGUAUCUCCGUUGGUGCCUCUGGUGCACUCUUUGGCCUACUAGGAGGCAUGCUUUCUGAGCUGAUUACUAACUGGUCCAUAUAUGCAAAUAAGUUGGCAGCAUUGUUGACUCUUGUUUCCAUUAUAAUAAUAAAUUUAGCAGUUGGAAUCCUUCCACACGUGGACAAUUUUGCCCACAUUGGAGGAUUUAUUUCGGGCUUUCUUCUUGGAUUUGUGUUCUUACUUCGUCCCCAGUUUGGGUGGAUUAACCAAAAAGCUUGUCCUCCAGGAUACAUUGCUCCUCCAGCUAAAUCUAAACACAAGACUUAUCAGUAUGUGCUGUUGAUUCUCUCUGUGGUACUACUGAUUGUUGGAUUUACUGCUGGGUUGGUUAAACUUCUACGAGGGGCAGAUUUGAAUAAUGACUGUUCUUGGUGUCAUUACUUGAGCUGUAUACCUACUAAACUAUGGAGUUGCAAGUCAAAUAAAUUUCUUUGUGAGUCGAGCCAAAUCGGAAAUCAAUUUAACUUGACAUGCCUGAGCAGCGGGAAAAGCCGAGCUUAUUCAUUAUCAGGAGAUACAUCUUCCCAGAUUGAGGUGUUAUGUUCUCAGCUUUGCGAUUGAUGCACAUAUGUAUCUAUAAGAGAUGGUAUUGAAGGAGGUUGUUUAACAAAUUGUUGUACAUGGCUUGUUCAUGCAUUUGUAGACAACAUUCUUCUAUCAAAUUAACGAUUCAAUUUCUUGAAAA